UGCAGCACGUGCACUGUGCUGUAGGUGGGGUUUGUGUUUUUAAAGUCAGUGUAAAGUGAUACUUGAGGACAGGACAGGAAGGUGGAGCAGAGCAGAGCCGAGCCGAGCCCAGCCGAGAGAGAGUUCCUAAAAGCACAUUCCUCUGCCCUCAGCUUGGUGGUAGCUAUGCUGUUGGAAGCUAUAACUGUGACCGUCGCUGUGACUGAACAGACGGGCUAAACGGAGCUUCACCAGAGUACAUUUCCCUCCGUCUCCUACCACACUUCUACUUUCACUUUCCCAGCGGAUGAGCGGAAACAGAACUUCAACAAUUGAUUUCCUGAAUGGAAACGGACAGUCUGCUGAGUGUGAACGGAGUGUCCGGGGACUAUGGCUCCUCGCCGGGCUUAGAGGACCGCGGGGCCCCGGGCAGCAAACCGAUGUCGUACACUUUGGCCCGGGACGUGUGCAGGGUCGGCGGGGACACAGAUGAUGAGGACCUCUACAUCCAACAAGCUGUUGUAUUCAUCGAGGAUGCCAUACAGUAUCGGUCCAUAAACCACCGGGUGGACGCGCGCUCUCUCCGCCUGUAUCGAUGGUACUACUCCAGGAUAGGCCAGUGGGGCUUGGGCCUAACCAUUGCGGUGGUGUUGUUGCUGGCAUUCGUGGAGCGCCCGUCCUCCCUGUCCGUCUCCUCGGACCCCCGGCAUCGCUCUCCACCCUGGGAGCCUCCUUGCGGCUUCACCGAAAGCAUCGAGAUGGUCUGCCUCGUCAUCUUUUCUCUUGAUCUUGCGGUUAAGAGCUACUUGAUUGGCUGGGAGGAACUCAGAAAGAACAAAUGGCUGAUCGGCUACACAGUCGUCAUUUCAGUUUCCACCAUUGACUGGGUGCUGUCUGUCAGCAUGGUGUGUGAUGAGAAACUUCGAGUACGGCGACUCCUUCGGCCUUUCUUCCUCCUUCAGAACUCUUCCUUGAUGAAAAAGACACUGAAGUGCAUCAAGAGGACUCUGCCAGAGAUCGCCAGUGUCAUCCUGCUGCUGGCGCUCCACCUCUGCCUCUUCACUAUGAUCGGGAUGCUGCUGUUUGCUAAAAGUGAGGAUCCAGACAAGAACGAGGAGUGGAGGCUCCAUUUCAGAUCCCUGCCUAAUUCCCUCACGUCUCUGCUGGUGUUGCUCACCACUGCCAACAACCCAGAUGUGAUGAUCCCUGCCUACUCCCUAAACAGAGCCUACUCCAUCUUCUUUGUCACCUUCAGUGUGAUUGGAACCUACUGCUUGAUGAACUUGCUGACAGCUAUCAUCUAUAACCAGUUCAGAGGAUAUUUACUGAUGUCGGUCCAAACGUCCAUCAUCAGGAGACGACUGGGGAUCCGAGCUGCUUUCCAAGUCCUCAGCUGUCGGGGGACCCAGCGGGCUGUCGAGGAGCAUGUGCAGGUUGAUGUGGUGCUGAAGGUGAUGUCCAAGGUCCAGAUGAAGAGCUACCACAGAGUAGCCAUCACUACGGAGACGCAGCAGUAUGCCGAUGUGGGCUACAUGGAUCGAGGGCAGUUCACUAAGAUUUUUGAUGCUCUGGAUAAAGAGCAUGUUAAAGAGCACCCUCCCUUGCCCCAGUACCAUACUCCAUUUCUGCAGAAAUGCCAGGUGGUCUUCAGUCACUACUAUCUCACAAUACUUGGCAACGCAGUGGCACUGGCCAAUGUCAUUUGCGUAUGUACCGUCCUGGUGUUGAAUUCUGAAAAGUCCACAGCAGAGAGAGACAACUUUAACAUAGAGAUCAUCAACCUGUGCUUCAUCCUGUACUAUCUGUUUGAAAUGAGCGUGAAGAUCUUUGCGUUCGGCUGGAGAGGAUACCUGUCCUACAGGAACAACAUCUUCGAUGGCUUCCUCACCAUCCUGCUCCUGGUCCUACAGAUCACCAUAUAUGUCACCUACAGGCUUCCGUAUUCUCAAUGGGACCCAUCUUCUCAUGGCGUGAUGUCUCUUUGGGAGAUGCUUCGGUUAAUAAACAUGUUGAUCGUGUUCCGCUUCCUGCGCAUCAUCCCAGAUAUCAAGCUCAUGGCUUUGGUCGCCAGCACUCUGUUGGACCUGGUGAAGAACCUCCGAGCCUUCGCAGGGAUACUGAUGGUGGUAUACUAUGUGUUUGCUGUUUUGGGGAUCUGGCUGUUUGAAGGAGCUAUUAAACCUCCUCCAGAGAUGAGUGUGCCCUCCAAUUCCUCCAUGGGGAACAUCACCUCCAGCGUGGAGUGUGGCAGUUAUGAGCAGCUGGGCUACUGGCCAAAUAACUUUGAUGACUUUGCGGCAUCCCUCAUUCUGCUGUAUGACGUCAUGGUAGUCAACAACUGGCAGGCCUUCAUGGAUGCAUACAGCAGAUACACCACUGAGUGGUCGAAGAUCUACUUUGUGUGUUGGUGGCUCACCUCCUCCGUCAUGUGGGUCAACCUGUUUGUGGCGCUCAUCUUAGAGAACUUCAUCUAUAAGUGGGACCGUAGUCACAGGUGCUCUGUUACAGAUGUGGAGAGGAUCCGAUAUGAAACCUCUGUUCAGCUCAUGUUUAGAGAGCAGAUCCAGGAGCCAACUGAAGAGGAACUGCUAUGCCAACUACACCAACACCCCCACUUACACCUACACUGGUGACACACACAGUAUCAUGUAUUGUUACUAAAUGAGUCUCUUGUGUGGUAGAAGCACUGAAAGGGUCAGUAUUUAGCAUUCUAAUACUAGUGUAUUGUAAUUUUGGAUUACUACUGAAACAAGUAGGAAGCACAUGUUCUUAUGAUGUCUCAUGUUGUUCAUGAACCACUGCAAGGUGUACACAGGUGUCUACCUGGCUCUGUGGAGGCAGACGUCAUGUCAUUGGUUGAGAUCAACAUUAGUGGGUGGAGCUAAAGAACCACAAGUUGUGUGCCAAAUCCAUACUGUAAUUUUGUACAAUAUCUUUGCAAUAACUGCACAAAAAAUGAAUCAUACUAAAAAAAAAG